AUGGCAACUCUUGCUGCAGCACAGCCUGUAUGGCCACAUUACUCUGUGGAGCAAGAGCAUUUCGAGGUUCUCAAGAUGCGGUCCUCGAUGCCAUUGAACCCCUCGGCCGUCUAUGAUGUAUCAUGCGGUGAUUCGGGACAGAGAAUCGUCUUUCACGACCAAAACGUGGCCCAGCUGUCCAUCUGCGGCGGCAUUGCGGGCUCCGUGACAAGGUGUCAGGGCUCGCCCCCGACGACCAUCGGGCACUCUGGCUCGGCAAAGUUCAGCCUCACCCCGGCCCACCCGGGCGCCGCCAUCAACAUCUCCAAGGACCGCUGGGAGCAGUGCGUGCGCGCGGCCAGGUCCAUUUGUCCGACUGGCAGCAUGUCGGGCACGUGCAGUGGAGGAGCGACGAGUGGAGAUGUCAAGUUCACUCUCAAUCAUUCAUGA